AUGACGGACAAAGGAGACCUGGAAGUUAUUUUGUUCCUUCUUGUUAUUAACGUUGAAGCCUUGCCUUCCUUGCCUUUUGCUGGAGGACCAGAGAACUGGUGUGGGAGUUUUCUCAUCCCCCAGUGGAAUGGACAGGAUGCAUUCAAGAACUUUGAACACCUGGCCCGUCAGGAUGAUGAGAAGAGGCAGCGGGAGCUUGUGGAGAAGAUGAGGAAAAGGGAGGAGGAAGCGGCAGCGGAGAGGAUGAAAGUGCCUGCUGUAGCUCAGGAAGUUGAGAUCCACUCGGCACCAGAGCCAGUCCCUGGCCCAGAUGAUGGGGCUGCCACCAGGCCUCAAGAGCCCACUGCAGCAGAGGAGACAGCCGAAGCGGCGGACAGCUCUGCGGCCGCAGAGCCACCAGGAGCAGCUGCCCCAGUGGAGUCCCAGCCAUCAGCAUUGCCCAAGAGGCAGGAGCAGUUCCAGACCAACCCUGACAGUUACAAUGGAGCCGUGCGAGAGAACUACGCCUGGUCCCAAGACUACAGCGACCUGGAGAUUAAAGUGCCGGUGCCCAAGCACAUUGUGAAAGGCAGGCAGGUGUCGGUGGAUCUCAGCAGCAGCUCAAUUCGCGUGGCCGUGCUGGAGGGGAGCAGCCAGCGUGUCCUUGUGGAAGGGAGACUCACCCACAAGAUCAACACGGAGAGUUCCCUAUGGAGUCUGGAACCAGGGAAAUGCAUCUUGAUCAACCUGAACAAGGUGGGGGAGUACUGGUGGAGUGCCAUCCUGGAGGGAGAGGAGCCGAUAGACAUCGAUAAGAUCAACAAGGAGCGUUCGAUGGCCACGGUGGACGAAGAGGAGCACGCCGUGCUGGACAGGCUGACCUUCGACUACCACCAGAAACUGCAGGGCAAGCCCCAGAGCCAUGAGCUGAAGGUGCACGAGAUGCUGAAGAAGGGCUGGGACGUGGAAGGCUCCCCAUUCCGGGGCCAGAAGUUCGACCCCGCCAUGUUCAACAUCUCCCCUGGGGCCGUGCAGUUUUGACGACGCCCAGCGAGGAAGGGAAAAUCACAUCCACGCUUGGGAUUGGAGGCCAAGGCCAGCGCCACUGUGUGUAACCAGCUAGCACAGGGGCAAAGCCUGGGCUUCCCCCUCUGCCUGCUCCCAUGAGUGAUGUCCAGCCGCCCCUUUAUCCUAGUGUUGCCACCGGGGGCUGUUUGCCAACAGCCAGCCGCCAACCGGCUGGGGCGGGGGUGUGGUUUGGGGGGGAGGGGGGAAUGCCAGCUUGGCGCGUUUGAGAUGCAUGUGGGGCAAGCCUAGCAAAUGCAGAACUACGUCCUCUGUCACCACGGCAACCAGCGGCUGCUGGUAGCAUUUCCCUUUCUCUCGCUGGCUAUGGCCCCGGUUGCUGCUGGGGGUGGGGGGGCACGGGCGGCUGUUGUUUUUCAGGAAUAGAUGAUGCUUGUUGAGGUGACUUUGAAGUUUGUCUUUCUUGCUUUUGGGGAGCCCGCCCCAGCCCCCAGUGCCUGACCCUCCGAGAUGGCAGCGCUGCCCCCAUUGAAAAGUUGCCAAUCUGUGGUGGCCGUAUCUAACCGAGCUGCACUGUGUUCAGAGCCCCAGCGCGCUGGCAGCGGGAGGGAAAAGCUGCAGCCUCAGACACCUGGUAACGGAGAUGGAACAGACCAUGCCGUGCUCCAAGCGCUAUACACCUGCAAAGUGUUCCAUGCAGCCGGGGCAUGGGCCCAAGUGUGGCACUCUGCCCUCUGCACCCACGGAUCUAUCCGCAGGCGUCCAGUUCUCUGUUAGCCGUGGCAGCUGGGGUACUGAGUUGCUGGUUAUAUUAACAAGGUUUUGGCUCUGGCAGAGAUCGAGAGGCCAGGCCUACCCUGUGCCUGCCUUUGCAAAGAUAAGCUGAUAUACACAACCCCCUAGGGCUCACAUUGUGAAGUCAGCCCAGCUUUGGGUGCCUAAAGCACCUGGGGGCUGAUUUCCAGAGGCAGCAAGUGCUUGCAGCUCCUGCUGUCUUUGCUUGGCUUGGGAGUCUGAAAACCAAGCCCUAGGGGCAUCUCAUUGGGCACCCAAAACUAGUGGCCGCUUUAUGGAGUAUCGUGUCCCCAGCUACUGAGGCGGUGUCUACGCUACAUCUCGGAGCGAAUCUCCCAGCCUGGGAGCCACGGCCUCGCUCCGCUCAAGGUCUCACGAUAAAGGGGGCAGUGUGGCGGGCGAGCAGAGCUAGCGGGUGUCUGUCUAGCCAGCGUAGUGGCCAGCACUGUUAACGCAAGAUAUGGUGGGGCUGGUCUGCAGACGCUCCCCUCUGAAGGCGUUAAAGCCAAGUGCUCAGACCCAUCCAGGUCACCCUCUGUGCUGCAUCCUGUGUCCUCUCCAUCGCCAAGAACCCACACUGAUGCCCCGCCCUUCUCCCAAGCGGGUCAGAGCCUGGAAAACUGGCCACCUGCAGGCUGCCGCUGCCUGCUGUAGCAGCGAGCCCCAGAGGGGACUCAGAAAUAAUAGCAUGUGACCGUGUCCUUAAAG